UUUUGAUCGCAUCGCUCGCGCACCAUGUGUGUCGGCGAGUAGCCUUUAUUUAUAAUAAUUUCAUUCACGAACAAGAAGAGGCUUUCCAAUUUUACACAAUGAGGAGGAACGUGGGCUACAAUAGGCUGCAGCAGCAGCAAGCGCACAAUUACCGGCCGGAGAGCGUGCAGGUGAACACGAAGCUCAAAAACCUUUGGUUCCACGUUAUCUGCGGCUGCAUCUUCUUCGCCUUUGGCUUUGCAAUUCUCAUGUGGAGCGAAGCGAGGCUUUUGAAAAAGACCAAGUCGUUGAACGAAGGGUUCGGCUCGAUCAUUUCCAUCGAGAAUCCGAACACGAUUUCGCCGGAGAAUAAUGGAAAACUGAUCCACCUGGUGGGGUACCUUCAGGUCGGCGAGCCGAUGACCGAGUUUGAGUACGGAGUCUUGAUUUCAGCCGUCAAACUCAAGCGCAGAGUGCAGAUGUACCAGUGGGUCGAGGAACGCACUUUGAGAGAAUUCCCUGAGGAGUUUCACGUGCACGAAGACGGUCUGUACUACUUCACCGAGUGGCGGGACAAAUUAAUUGAUCACACGCGGUUCACGCAGCCCUACGGCCACGAGAAUCCAAGAGAAAUUGCCAUGAAAACGAAAAUUUACGUGUGCGACCAGGUGAACGUCGGCGCGUACUACUUCAGCGACGCCCUCAAAGACGUGUUCACCGACUUUGAACUGUUCACCAGCGACGAGAGGCCCGAAAACCGUGAUAUUAAGCUGCACUCGGGGCUGUACUACCACAGCCAAGACGUGUGGAACCCCAAGGUCGGAGAUAUCAGAGUGCAGUUUUCUUAUUCGGGACUCGCCGGAGAGCUGGUGACAAUAGUCGCGAUGCAAGUGGACCACGAGCUGCACCCUUAUAUCACAAGCCACGGAGACCGGAUCAUGAUUUUCCGCCACGGCCAUCACCCUCCUCAGAACUUCUACCACGAACACCACAAACAGCACUGGCUUUUGUCUUGGAUCGUGCGAGGAGCCUGUUUCCUCGUGCUGUUCGUCGGCUCCAGUUUUCUCACGCCCUUGCUCAAGAAAUUCUCGAGAAGCAAGUGCUCCAUUGGAGAGAUCGAGGUGGCGCCCCUGCAAGUGCUGGCCAGGCAUUUAACCUUGCUGAACUUCUGCCUUUCGACCAGCACAGCGAUGUGCAUUGUGGGAUUCACGUGGGCUUCCCUCAGACCAAUCUUUUCCACGGUUUUAUUCACUGUCUCGUCUGUGCCGCUCUUGGUGCUUUUUCUAGUCAGCAUUCGAAUCAAGAAGGAUUAG